AUGGUGCUUAGCUGCUAUAAAAAUGAUUCUCUGAAGAGGCCUUUCAAGUCUGAAAAAUUCUUGCCUCUGGUUAGGUCUAAUUGGGAGAAGACUGUGGAAGGAUGUUAUAUGUUCAGAUUUAUUCAAAGGCUUAAAUGGCUAAAAAUUGAUUUGAAAAAUCUCAAUAAAGAGGGGUUCAACUCUGUGGAAGCUGAAGACUUGAGACUGUUUCAUGCCUUCACUGAUGCACAAAACAAGCGUCACUCUAAUCCUCGGAAUGUUGAUCUAGCUACUGCAGAAAAACAAGCUAGUGUAGCCUACAAGAAUGCUCAUGCAGCUUACUUAUCUUAUCUCCAACAAACAGCCAAACUUAAUUGGUUGGAACAUGGGGAUGAGAACACCAGAAUUUUCCAUCAAAGCAUCAAGCAGAGAAGGAAACAAAACAAGAUUCACUCUAUCUUCAAUAUGAAUGGUGAUUGGGUUCAAUCAGCUGAUGAAAUAACAAGGCCCUGGUUGGAUGGUUAUAACAGUUGUUUCUUCAAAGCUGCAUGGCCUAUUAUCGUGAAUGAUCUGUUCUUGGCUAUUUCAGAUUUCUUUAAAACAGGAAAAAUCCUAAAAGAGGUCAAUGUCACUUCAAUCUCUCUGAUCCCAAAAAUCUCAGUUCCUUCUUCUACUGGUGACUUCAGACCUAUAACCUGUUGCUCAAUAAUUUAUAAGUGUAUCUCCAAGAUCCUUUGUGAGAAAAUUGGUAGUGUUCUUCCUGAUGUUAUAUCUCAAAACCAAGACUUGAAAAAGGCAUAUGAUACUGUUGAGUGGGGCUUCAUUGAGGAAGUGAUAGUGGACCUUGGUUUUCCUUCUCACUUUGUUCAAUUGAUCAUGACAUGCUUGACCACCACAAGAUACUCCAUUCUCAUAAAUGGUGUUCCAACUGAUCUGAUCCAACCAAGAAGGGGGCUCAGACAAGGUGACAAGGAGUCAGUUCAGCUUUUGCUCUCAUCUUUUGCUCGCUUUUCUUCCACUACUGGACUCCAGGUUAAUCCUGCCAAGUCAUCUAUCUAUUGUUGUGGGGGAACUGUCAGUUUAAGGGAGGAAUUGGUGUCUGUGUCUGGUUUUGGGAAGGGUGUUCUGCCUUUUAGAUACCUGGGUGUCCCCAUCAGCACAAAAAAUCUUAAUGCAGCUGACUGUGAACUGCUGGUGGAGAAAAUGGUGACAAAAAUCAAAAUUUGGAGCUCCAGGCAUCUCUCAUUUGCUGGAAGGGCUCAACUCAUCAACUCUGUUCUAAUGAGCAUUUGCUCUUAUUAG